AUGCCUUGUAAGAGGAUGCCGAUGCGCUACGGCCACUCGGAGGGACACACCGAGGUCUGCUUCGAUGACACAGGGAAGUUCAUUGUGACGUGUGGGAACGAUGGAGAUGUUCGUAUUUGGGAAAGCCUGGACGAUGACGAUCCAAAGUUCAUCACUGUUGGAGAAAAGGCCUACUCUCUGGCGCUGAAGAAAGGCAAGCUGGUGACGGCGAGCUCCAACAACACGGUGCAGAUCCACACUUUCCCCGACGGAGAUCCGGACGGCAUCCUGACGCGCUUCACCACCAACGCCACGCACGUCACCUUCAACAGCAGCGGCUCGAGAGUCGCCGCCGCGUCCAGUGACUUCACAGUGAAGGUGGUGGAGGUGUCUGACAGCAGCCAGCAGAAGAUGCUGCGGGGUCACGAGGCGCCGGUCCUCAGCGUCUCCUUUGACCCCAAAGAUGAGUUCUUGGCCUCGGCCAGCUGUGACGGCUCCAUCGUGGUGUGGAACAUCAUGGAACAGACUCAGGUGGUCAGCUGGCCCCUGCUGCAGAAGACCAACGACGUCAGCAAUGCCAAGUCUCUGUGUCGGUUAGCCUUUCAGCCGGCGGCGGCGGCGAAGGUUUUAGCGGUUCCUGUAGAAACCAGGGUGCACCUGUAUGAGCGGGGGUCCUGGGCCCACGUGAGCACUCUGUCCGAUGAGAUGCUCACUCAGCCGAUCAACGUGGUGUCCUGGUCCCCAUGUGGUCAGUUCCUGGCAGCUGGCAGCGUGGGGGGGUUACUGACGGUGUGGGACGUGAACAGCAAGUUGUGUGUAGAAAGGCAGAAGCAUGAGAAAGGCUUCACGGUGUGCAGUUUGGCCUGGCAUCCGUCUGGCAGCCAGAUCGCCUACACGGACACCGAGGGCUGCCUGGGUCUGCUGGACGGACUCAGCCCCUCCAGCACCACCACGCAGGUGUCUGCAACAAAACCUGCAAAAGACUACGACGACCUGUUUGAUGAGGAUGAUGAUGGCAGACAAAUGGACGAAGGGCUGAGCGACACCAACUCUCCAGCUAAGAAGCCGGUCGUUGGUGAGGACGAGGACGAUGACGACUUCCUGGUGCCGUCCACUGGGCGAGUGAGGAACAGAGCAGCCAUCUUGGAUGAUGAGAACUCAAUGGACACAGGAUCUCUAAAGCUCGGUCAAGACAAAUUCAGGGAUGAUGAUGAUGCAGGCAGCACUGUGGCCCCUGACACCGUUCCUCUGGUCCCACUGCACCCCGUGUAUGAGGGGCCGCUGCCGACCCCUCCCCAGAAGGCCUUUCAGCCAGGCUCUACCCCCGCCCACCUCACACACCGCUUCAUGAUGUGGAACUCUGUGGGGAUUGUGCGAGGCUACAAUGACGAGCAGGACAAUGCCAUCGACGUGGAGUUUCACGACACGGCCGUUCACCACGCCAUGCACCUCACCAACACUCUGGGUCACACCAUGGCUGAACUGUCUCAGGAGGCUGUGCUGCUGGCCUGCCCCGGCACAGAUGAGCUUGCCAGUAAGCUGCAGUGCCUUCACUUCUCAUCAUGGGACACAAAUAAGGAGUGGAUGGUGGACCUGCCAAAGGGUGAGGAUGUAAAGGCGCUGUCUCUGGGACAGGGCUGGGCUGCAGUCGCCACCAGCACAUUGACGAUCAGACUCUUCUCCAUCGGAGGAGUCCAGAGACAACUCUUCAGUGUGCCGGGACCCGUGGUGUGCAUGGCCGGACACGGAGAGCAGCUACUCGUGGUCUACCAUCGAGCGACAGGUUUCGAUGGAGAGCAGGCUCUUGGUGUUCAGCUGCUGCAGUUCAGUCGCAGAAAGAAGCAACUCAUCAAUGGAGAACCCCUCCCACUCUCUCCCCGAUCAUACCUCUCCUGGCUGGGAUUCACGGCCGAAGGGACGCCCUGCUAUGUGGAUUCAGAUGGCGUGGUACGGAUGCUGAACCGCUCCCUGGGAAACACGUGGACACCAGUUUGUAACACCAGGGAAACCUGUAAGAGCAAAUCGGAUCAUUACUGGGUGGUCGGAGUGCACGAAAACCCUCAGCAGCUCAGGUGUAUACCUUGCAAAGGCUCCAGGUAUCCCCCCACCCUGCCUCGGCCCGCCGUCGCCAUUCUUCCCUUUAAACUCCCUCUGUGUCAGACCAGCACAGAAAAAGGCCAAAUGGAGGAACAGUACUGGCGUUCAGUCCUCUUCCACAACCACUACAACUUCCUGUCUUCCAACGGCUACGAGAUCAACGAAGAUGCUCAGAAUGAGUCCCAGAAGGAGCAGCAAGAGCUGCUCAUGAAGAUGUUCGCUCUGUCCUGUAAACUGGACAGAGAGUUUCGCUGCGUGGAGCUGGCAGACUUGAUGACUCAGAACGUGGUGACUCUGGCCAUUCGCUACGCGUCCCGGUCCCGGAGGAUGGCCCUGGCUCAGCGGCUCAGUGAGAUCGCUCUGGAAAAGACAACCCAGCUUCAGGAAGACGAGCCGGAGGAGCAGGAGGAGGAGCCGGACUACUCCGGCAUCAGACGGCCCUCUGGGCAACAUAAGUCAUGAAGAGCUCAACAACAAGAUCAGUGUGAGGAGGAGGAGGAGGAGGAGGAGGAGCAAGGAGGUGAACUCCGAGUGGAAGGAGAGGAGAAGGAGAUGGAGGAGGAAGCUGAAACAAAAAAACGCGUGAAUCCGUUCGCUAAAGAAGCAGGUUCACCUGUGACACCAUCGCUGACACCAAUAGGUAAAGGUGGACGAGCAAAUCCCUUCAAGGUUUCUGCUUCUGGAAAACUCACGUCUCCAUCCGGUCAGCCUCGAGUGACGAACAUCCUGGACAACAUGACGUCCAGCAGGAAGUCUGCUCCAACCAGUGGGCCUGCGGGGAAACCAAAUAAAAACCCCGUCCUCAAACCACUGCCCCCCAGGUCCAAAACCAAGACUCAGUCCACUCUGCUGCAGAUGACCGGCGCCACAGCGGCUCAGAAGAAGACCCAGGAGAACCAUGAACCCACUGCAGAGCAGCAGAAACCAGCAGAUGUUCCACCUCCAACCUCCCCUGCAGAGGAAACGGAAACCAAGAGGCCAAAGACGGGCUUCCAGCUGUGGCUAGAGGAGAACAGGAAGAAUAUUAUUGCUGAUAAUCCAGACCUGGAUGAGACGGACAUCAUUAAGGAGGCGAUGGCACGGUUCAGGACACUGUCAGCGGAGCAGAGACUGUCGUUGACGGAAAAAGCGAAAGGACAAAGUGGAGACGGUGCAGAGGUGAAGAAGAGAAAAAGAGCAGAGGGAGGAGGAGGAGAGGAUGAAGCUGCAGAAGCUGAUGAAAAUGAUGCCAAGAAGAAAAAAACCCUGGAUCCUUCGUCAAAGCUGUCGGCGUUCGCUUUUAACAAAAACUGAAUGUCCUGAUGUUCGUUUUGUCACAAACGACACGGAUACAUCCGUCA